AUGACUGUCAGCUACGACUACCCAGCACGGGUUCCUGCUGCCACUUCAAUGGCUACUCUCGAAGACAGAUUCGAAGUCAUAAAGGAGGUCGGUGAUGGCAGCUUUGGCAGUGUCGCAGUUGCUCGUGUACGGACAGCCGGCUCCAAUGUUGCCAGGAGAGGGACUAUGGUUGCAAUCAAGACGAUGAAGAAGACCUUCGACUCUUUGGCCCCUUGCCUAGAGCUGCGUGAGGUCAUCUUCUUACGGACUCUACCCGCUCAUCCCCACCUUGUCCCAGCCCUCGACAUCUUCCUUGAUCCACUCUCCCGGAAACUCCAUAUCUGCAUGGAAUACAUGGAUGGCAACCUCUACCAACUAAUGAAGUCCCGAGACCAUAAAUACUUGGAGGGCAAACACGUGAAGAGCAUUCUCUACCAAAUCCUGUCAGGUCUGGACCACAUCCAUGCUCACCACUUCUUCCACCGUGACAUCAAACCCGAGAAUAUCCUGGUAUCGACAUCUGCUCCGAACGACUCAGCCUUCAGCCGCUAUUCAAAUCUUGUCACUCCCCCUUCCACCCCUCCGACUUACACAGUGAAGAUCGCCGAUUUCGGCCUUGCACGCGAAACUCAUUCGAAGUCGCCAUACACGACAUAUGUCUCAACCAGGUGGUACCGCGCACCUGAGGUUCUCCUGCGUGCGGGAGAAUACUCUGCGCCUGUAGAUAUGUGGGCUGUCGGUGCCAUGGCAGUUGAAAUCGCUACCCUGAAGCCGCUGUUCCCUGGUGGUAACGAGGUUGACCAGGUCUGGCGCAUUUGUGAGAUCAUGGGCAGCCCUGGCAACUGGUACAGCAAGUCGGGCACCAAGCUGGGCGGUGGUGAGUGGAGGGAAGGCUCUCGUUUGGCUCAGAAGCUAGGGUUUACAUUUCCAAAGAUGGCGCCUCAUUCGAUGGAAAGCAUCCUGCAGCCUCCUCACUGGCCAGCAUCUUUGAGCCAUUUCGUGACCUGGUGCCUCAUGUGGGACCCUAAGAACAGACCGACUUCCACGCAGGCAUUGAACCACGAGUACUUCGCAGAUGCUGUGGAUCCCCUGCGGCCGAAAUCUUCUACUUCACGGCUGCUUGGCCGCAAACAGUCGGACAGGAGCUUCAGAUCACCAACUCCUCAAUCCAGCGACUCCCCAAGCGUCUCAUCAAAGCCAUCGUGGUUCAGAAGAUCGCUGAUUGGAAGAUCGGAAAGCCCAGCCCCAGCUUUAGAAACCGACCAGGCUGUCCGACCAUCUGUUGUGUCGCCUGCUGCUACUAAGCGCGCCACGUGGGCCAAUGGGGCUCCUAUGCCUAUCCUCCCUUCAAUCCGACCAGUCUCUCCCUUGUCUAAUGCAGUUACAGCUCAGGCGAACUCGACUCUUGCUCAUGGUGGGGAUAAUGCCCAGUCCGGUGCUGGAAGAGCAAGCAAGAAGAUUGGCCGACAGCUUUCUCUGAACUCCCACGGUAACCACUAUGCCGACAUUCACAGGCAAGAGGCAGAGCGAGCCCUCAACGGAGCUGCGACUAUGAACGCAACACUCAACCAGAAGGAGAGCUUCUUCUCUCACCUCCGCAAGAGGGCUCGCCGGCUCUCCGGUCGCAACCAGGCCAAUUUGGCGACUGAUGAUAUCGAAGCCAACGCUGGCUGUAUGCCGUGGUCAAACCGUUCCUCGCUCGCUCUGGACUCUGUGAAUGCGGGAGAUGCGAAGCAGAAUUCCGACCUGAACGAGUUGGAUAGGGCUUUGCAGAGUGUCAAGUACUCGCUCGACUCGACCGCUCUCGGAAAUGUCCCUGUCCAAAUCACAUCGACUGGGGACGUCAGCAAGCGGCAGUCCAUGCCCCAGGGAUCCAUUCGGUCAAUGACAGAGAGCCCAGUCUCAACCAGUGGUGCUCCCGCACCGAUCUCGAGCCGGACGAGACGUGCGCUUCAGAUGUCUUCUCACCCGGUUCACCGCUAUGAGACCCCUGAGGAAGAGGACGAGCUCUUGGAUGAGGUGUUGCAUUCGGCAAGCAAGGCGGCUAAACGGUUGGCACAAAGCGAAACAUUGUCGGAUGCAUCCUCCAACCACAGUCGCCAAGCUCUGGGAAACGACGGCUCCCGUCCCUUGCCCAGCCCUUAUCCCACUCCAUCACCGUCGGCAAAGUGUGACGGUAUCUCGUUUGGUCAGCAAGACUCGACUCCAUGCAGACGAGACGAGAAGAUGGCCCAUGCCAGUUCCAAUCGUCAAUGGCCGACCCCGCCUUACGAGGAACGGGACUGGAUGAACACGACAUCUUCCAAUUUUCUGACAGAGUCGACAUUCAAAUGA